AAAAUUUCAGUUCAGUGCCCACACGGCCGGAUGACAGUGGGACGUGACGUCACGAGUGGUUGCUGUCAUCUGUUCCCUUCGCAGCUCUUUUCCAAUCUAGCUGUCUAAAAUAGUGGAAGCCAGUGCAUUCCCACAGCGUUCAAAAUGGUGAAGGUGAAAUGCUCGGAACUGCGGACCAAGGACAAGAAGGAGCUGACCAAGCAGCUCGAGGAGCUCAAGACUGAGCUGCUCAAUCUGCGUGUGGCUAAGGUCACCGGUGGAGCUCCCUCCAAGCUGUCCAAGAUCCGCGUCGUCCGCAAGGCCAUCGCCCGCGUCUACAUUGUGAUGAACACCAAGACCAAGGACAACCUGCGCAAGUUGUACAAGGGCAAGAAGUACGUCCCGCUGGAUCUGCGCCCCAAGAAGACCCGCGCCAUGCGUAAGGCCCUGUCCCCCCGGGAUGCCGCUCGGUUGACGCUGAAGGAACAGCGGAAGCGCGCCAAGUUCCCGAAGCGGAAGUACGCCGUCAAGGCCUAAAUGCAAUGACUCUACUGUGAGGAACGGUUGUGUCAAAGUGCAAGCGGGCUCUUUUGUUCUUUAAACUUUUGUUUGUAAGUUGCGGUAAAAACACUAAGGAACGGAACCGGUUUUGGGUUCUCAGCCGAAGUACUGGAGAGGACGGAGAAAAUAAAUUCCGGAAAAAAGAUUCCAAACUGGA